GAUCUUACCGUCGUAGACAAAGUCUAGCUAGCUGCAAAGAUGGAGUCCAGCGAGGAGGGAGGCCUCAGUGUUGGGGGCUCUGUGGGAGAGGAGAACUACUUCCUGGGCUACACCUUCACUGACCGUUCCCACUCCAGCCGGGUAGUAAAGAGCAUCAUGGAUCUGUGCUUGGAGGAUGGCCUGUUUGCUGAUGUUACUGUCACUGUUGACGGUAAAGAGUUCCACCUACACCGACUGGUCCUUUCAGCACAGAGCAGCUUCUUCCGUUUAAUGUUCACCUCCAACCUGAAGGAGGCCCACAACCGCACUAUUGAACUGAAGGAUGUCAGCACCACAGUCUUUCAACUGCUGAUUGAUUACAUUUACCACGGCACUAUUAAACUGAGGCUGGAGGAACUUCAAGACACCUAUGAAAUGGCAGACAUGUACCAGUUGACUGCUCUGUUUGAAGAAUGCUCCCGCUUCCUUUCUCGGACUGUGGAGGUCAAAAACUGCUUACAGGUGAUGUGGCUUGCAGACAGACACAGUGAUCAGGAGCUGUAUACUGCUGCCAAACAUUGUGCUAAAAUCCAUCUGGCCCAACUGCAUCAGACUGAAGAAUUUCUCAGUCUGCCUCUCUGUUUGCUGUUGGAUAUCAUCAAAGAUGGUGUUCCAAGUUCUCAGAAUCCAACAGUUGCCAUUGCUUCAUGGAUAAACCACAACAAGGUUGAGAGAGAGGAGUUUUCCUGCAUUCUCCAAGAAAAUCUUAAGGAAAUUGGUGAGAACGUCCACGUGUACCUGAUAGGAAAAGAGGAGACGCGGACCCACUCCCUGGCCGUGUCACUGCACUGUGAUGAGGAUGAUGCCAUUAGUGUGAGUGGACAGAACAGUUUGUGUCAUCAGAUCACUGCAGCCUGUAAACACGGCGGGGACCUGUAUGUCGUGGGAGGAUCCAUUCCCCGCCGCAUGUGGAAGUGUAACAUGCACACCAUGGACUGGGAGCGCUGUGCCCCACUACCCAGAGACCGCCUCCACCACACCAUGGUCUCUGUCUCCACUGAGGAUGCCAUCUACUCACUAGGGGGUAAGACUUUGCAGGAUACGCUCUCUAAUGUUGUCAUCUACUACACAGUAAAGGACAACAUGUGGUCAGAGACCAACCAGUUGGACACAGCGGUGUCUGGGGCAGCUGGCGUUAACCUGGGAGGCACCAUCUAUUUGCUUGGUGGAGAGGAGAAUGACAUGGACUUUUUCACAAAGCCAUCCCGUCUCAUUCAGUGCUUCGACACCACCUCCCAGAAGUGCCAGAUCAAACCCUACAUGCUGCCAUUCGCAGGGUGCAUGCAUGCUGCUGUCCACAUGGAUGUGAUCUUCAUCGUAGCGGAAGGGGACUCGCUGGUGUGCUACAACCCUCUGCUGGAGAGCUUCACUCGCCUGCGCUUCCCUGAGGUGUGGAGCUGUGUUCCUUCACUCUGGAAGGUGGCCAGUUGUAACGGCUGCAUCUACGUCUUCAGGGACAAGUGCAAGAAGGGUGACGCAAACACAUUAAAGUUUAACCCUGCCACAUCUGUUGUUUCUGUAAUAAGAGGUAUAAAGAUCCUCCUCACAAACUGGCAGUUUGUAUUGGCCUAAAUGAUCUUCUGGGUAUCGAUCCCAGAUGAUCAGAGACUGUUGGAUCUCCACUGAGCAUACCUGCUUUAAGCGUGUGUUCACUCAUUUGGUUGCUCUGUCACUUAUUCCUUUGUAAUUUAUAACCACAGUUACAGUCAGAAGAUGAGCAGUGUGUCAUUCGCUUGUAUUACAGUGUGUCUCAUUGUGGAACUUUCAGGUGAGAAACUUAUUCUGUGGCAAUACAGUAACCAGUGUUGAAGAUAAUCAACAAUGUCCCGUGCACUACUUGUUUACUGACAUGCAUGAACAGCUUUGGUAUUUAAGAAAAAAAUCUAUUAUUUUUAUUAUUACAGUAAUUAAACUGUGAGCAUAAUAAUUUUUUUUAAAUUGAUUAUUUGUUUAGAUAAUGAUAUGUCAGUUUCUAAAACCAUAAGGUCACUUUUUCAAAUGUCCCCCUUUUUUGUUUGAGCAACAGAUGUAAACCCAUAGAUUUUCAAAUUAUUAGAGUAUAAAAUAUUAAGCAGCUCUAAACUGUGAAGGACCACAUGCCAGUCAAGUAGUAAUAAAGCUUUAAAUUAACCAAUAACUAAUUGUACAACAAUAAAUAGGUAUUAAAUUAAUUUGCAAGCAAAUUCAUUAAUGCCUGUUUUGUUAUAAUGUUAUUACGUAAUUAAACCUUUUUUACUAUUUCAGUGGCACUUGUGGUCCUCUUUACGAAACCUCUUCCUUGAAGAAGCUGAAAUGAGUGAGUUGCAUUUUGAUAAAUUGUUCCUCAAAUAAUUUAUCAUUCAGUUGAUCAGUUAAUGGGGGGUGUGGAUUUACAGCUUUAUUGUACAUGAAUACAUGAGGUUGUAGUUGUGUAGAUAUCUUUCAAUGUGCGUAAGUAUAGUAGAUUUUUUUUAUAACUGAUCAAAUUUAAGUUUAUUGUCUUAAAAUGGUAUUUUUGAUGUAGCCUACAACAUACAUGUUCUUUGACGUGUUAACCGAAUUGUCAAAUAUAUUACUUUAACU